AUGGCGGGUUCAAGCGAUUCCACUUCCGAAGGGGCGUCCUCCAAGACGCUGAGCAAUUCAGUGACAGAACUACCAUCGCACAAGGCCUCGGAGGACUAUGGAAGAUUAUCUUUCGGGGAUAUCAAUCUUCCCCCAAUGGAUCUUACUAUACCUUCUUUUGGCAAGAGUACAUGUUCUGAGUUCGGCGGCGGAGACUGUGGUGCCAGCGAAAAUAACACUGACGUUGAUACGGUCGUGAUCGCUAAAGGAAGGCAGAUUGGUAUUGUCAGUGCAACGUUCCUUAUAUUUAAUCGAAUCAUUGGAACAGGGAUAUUCGCCACGCCUAGUGCGAUCCUGGCCCAGACGGGUAGCGUUGGCAUGUCUUUGGUGGUUUGGAUUAUUGGGAUGUUAAUUGCAAUGGCUGGCACGGCGGUGUACCUUGAAUUUGGCACCGCGAUUCCAAGAAACGGCGGAGAGAAAAAUUAUCUGGAGUAUGUCUAUCGGAAACCCAAGUUCCUUGCAACAGCGAUUUAUGCUUCGUAUGCAUUAUUCCUCGGAUGGGCUGCUGGAAAUAGUGUAGUAUUUGGGGAAUACGUUCUGCAUGCUGCGGGCGUGGAAGUGAACCGGUGGAAUCAACGGGGUAUUGGGUUUGGGUGCAUAACGGUAGCAUUCCUUGUCCAUACCGUCGAGAUGAAAUGGGGUCUUCGUCUGCAAAAUACACUUGGCUUGCUAAAGCUGGUUGUGAUUCUGGUUAUCAUUGUCAGCGGAGCAGUGGGACUUGCAAGAGGUACACCGGGGAACGCCCCGAAUAACUUUUCGAACACCUGGGGAGACAGUCGCCCAAGCGUAUACGGCAUGGUGACUGCCUUGUACAGCGUUAUCUGGUCAUAUGUUGGUUAUUCAAAUGCAAACUAUUCACUCAGCGAGACUCGAAACCCCAUUCGAACAUUAAAGAUCGCAGCUCCUAUAGGAGUUACGUUGGUUGGAAUCCUCUAUCUGCUGGUUAAUAUUGCAUAUUUCGCGGUUGUGCCAAAGGAAGACAUCCUGGGCUCUGGACGUAUUCUGGCAGCCUCCUUUUUUCGCAACAUUUUUGGGCCGAAGGCAGAGAGGGUUCUGUCCAUAUUUAUUGCGCUCUCGGCCUUUGGCAACGUGAUGGCAGUGCUAUUCUCUCAAGGAAGAAUUGUCCAGGCACUCGGCGAGGAAGGGGUCCUCCCACUGUCCAAGUUCUGGGCGAGUAAACGCCCGUUUAACUCUCCAGCUGCCGGUCUGCUGGAACAUUAUAUCAUCUCAGCCGUAGUUAUGCUCGCACCACCACCUGGAGAUGCAUAUAUCUUUCUUCUCAAGUGGGUAUCCCAUGACAGUGUUGAAUUGAAUAUUGGCUAA